GAUGCGCAUGGACGACGAGGGUGAGCUCGCUCCUGUUGUGCAAGAUGACGAGAAAGUCCUUCGCAGGAAGGAUAUUCCGGAGAACUGGUUGUUCGAGGAGCCCGGUUACUUUCACAGUGAGAUGAAAUGGAGUACUUUACUACACGAGCGCUAUGACGGCGCCGACGCACCUUCGACCUCUUUCAAGCACCCGUCAAAGAACCACAGGCUCGACACGCGCAACUGGUGCAUUGUCCACAUCAAGGACUUUGGCGGCGACGGAUACACCAUCGGCACACUGAAGAAGGAGGAAGGCAAACUUGAGCCCUUUGUCAAAGUCAGCUGGACCGUAUGCACGCAGCGACCGGCACUCAAGUUACACAUCAACACUACGCGCCACGGUGAGGUGACCUGUACCAUCUUUGCCAACAGCAUCAGCCGUAAGAAGGAGAACGAGUGCAAGCUGCGGCUUGCUGGCGCCGGUGGCCAGCUCACGCUCCCGGACUACCCUGCACUGAAGGCGGAAGAUUACCGCGACCUCGUGGAGAUCGACCUCCAGCUUUUCGAGUGGAACGCGAAUUUACCUGAAGGCACCGAUGGCGCUCGCCCGACGAGACCGAUCUUUGAGGGCGUCGACGACGACAGCAUCCAGCAAUACGUCGACGCCAUGGAUGGCAUUGGCGAUGAUGCCGAUGCGCAGCUUUCCGCCAUGGGUCCCGGCGAGUAUCUUCUCGGCCUCCUGUAUGGUACGAACGACAUCUCCAUCUAUCGCACCUGGCCUCAAGAAGGCUACGAGGUCUUCAAGUCAUUCCGCCAAUGGAUCACCACGUCCUUUGACAUGUGCGCACGCAACGGCAACGAAUGGUUCUACCACCUCCAGCAGUCGCCCGAUGAGCCCUCCAUCUACUCCACCGACUGCGCGCUGCGCGAGUUGCAGAUGCCUCGCUGGAUGGCCAAAUCCUUCAAGGCGCCGGUCAAUGAGAAAGGUGCGCUCCUCGGUGCGCCGGUCCCGGUGAAGUGCAACCACUUCCCCUUCUCCGAAGGCGACCAGGUCUUCCCGACUGUCGAGGACGCCGCUUUCGAGCUGCGCCUGGCAAUUGAGCGCGACCGUGCCUUCCAGUCGCACAUUCUUAACUCCAGCUUCCGGCAGCGAAAUUUCCAGAUUCGCGGCGAAUUCCUCGCGCAUCCUCGCAUCCCCGGUUGUUACGUCGUCGAGCUGCGCACGUCGGACAACAAUCUGCUGGCCUCGGACAAGACGCUGCGCCCUCAAAUCGACACGCGAAUCUCGCUCGAAGCCGCCGAGCCGAUAGUCGACGAGUUGGGUGAGAUCAGCAUGCUUCCCGACCCGAUAACACAGACCAAGCGAUUUGAAGGUGUCAUCUGCGACGAUCUUUGGAACAGCGGGGCUGAGGUCGUCUGCGUUGUCACCGGCCCUGUGGUGGAUCUCCAGCACACCACCGGGCGUAUGCUCAAUGCCACGCUGCGUGAUGAUCCCACUCCAGCAAAUCGUCAUCUGGCGACCAUCGAAGAGAUCGCUGCCGGCUUCAAGAGACAGUCCGCUCCUUCUCCUCGCAGCGGUGUCGACAUCCCGGCCAUCGUCCUUCGCGCCCCGCCAGCUGUCAAAAAUACCGGAAGUCUGAAAGACGCCGUCACGCCCGAGCUUGAGGAUGUCUAUUCCACUGCUAUCCACCCAUAUGGACUCAACGACAAGCAGAAAGACGCCGCCUACUCAGCAUGUAGCUCCAAAUCCGGCCUCGUCCUGAUCCAAGGACCUCCGGGAUGUGGCAAGACUCGCUGCGCCAUGGCCUGUGCAGAGGGUGAGAUUCGCAUUGGCGAAGAGCUCAAGAAGAUCAACAACAACGAUGGAUGCAAGCGUCAAGUCGUCGCCUGCGCCCCAUCCAAUAUCGCCACGGACGCCAUGUUGGACAAGUUCCUCGCCAGUUACGAUCGAAGCCGCCCGCUCGAGAUUGUUCGCUACAAGGGCUCAUUCCUUCACGAGAAGCGUGCACGAGCCGCGCCGCCGCCGCCCCCUCCCGCCGCUCCUGCACCGAGCAAGCCCGCCGCCGCCGAUCCGGAGAUGCUCCCGGAUGCUGGCGAUGAAGACGACGACGAUCUCAUGGGCCUCGAAGAGCUGAACGAGACCGUCGCAGAGCGGGAGGAGCAAGAGAUGCAAGCAGCUCUGUGGGAAUUGGCCGAAGAGGUUAGCCCAACGAGGGAAGAUGCGCAUCAAGAGUACGCCUUUCACACCAAGAGACUGGCCGCAAUCAAAUCUUGGGCUGCGACGAAGAGUCACUCGCAGAACUAUCACGCCAAAGACUAUCUUCAGGUUCGAGAGAAGCUCCGCAACGGCGCGCAGCUCGACAAGAAGCGGAAGAGAAGGCUCAAGGAACACCUCGACUACGUGGAAUGGCAGCUCUCGGAGUACUACUUGCAGCAUGUCGUCGACAUUGUCUUCUGCACGAACAGCGCUGCGGCCCACGGCAUGCUGCGUCUGCUCUACCGGCCCAAAAUGCUCAUCUCCGACGAGGCCGCCGUCACCACCCUACCGGAUGCUGCCACGCCCAUGGGAGCGUUCAUGCUCUCACUCCAGCUGAUCGUCAUGGCCGGAGACAUGCAGCAGCAGCAGCCGGUCGUCGCAUCCAAGGGCUCGAAUGAGUUCUACGCCGUCCUCUCGUCGUCGCUCUUCAGCAUGAUCUACAAUUCGAAGAAGAUGGCUAGCUCCGUGAUCAGCUUGGAGGUGCAGCAUCGCAUGCACCCUGACCUCGCCGAGCCAGUGUCGCGGAUCUUCUAUCGUGGCAGCCUGAAGAACCACCAGUCUGUCAUUGAUCGCGUCAGUCCGAAGUGGGAGACGCUGUCGACAGUGCUAGCUCCGCUACAGCCGGCAUACAACGGCCGUCGACGCCUCUGCAUCGACGUUAGCGGCCAAGCAAUCGCCUCCGAGGCCUACAACAAUACGACCUCGCACUUCAACGCGGCCGAGGCCCAGAUCAUUGCGGACUUCAUCGGCAAGGCUUGUCGUGCGAUGCCUCCUAUCAAUGGCGCGCAGAUCGAGCCGUCGGACUUCCUGGUGCUUACUCCGUACACUGGGCAAGCGCAGGUCGUCCGUAACAUUCUGGUCAAGCGCGGUAUCAGUCGUGCCGGCAACAAGGUCCGUGUCGCCAGCACCCGCGCCAUCCAAGGUGAAGAGGCGCGUUUUGUCAUCAUUAGCUUCACCCGGAACGUCAAGGACAAGCCGUUGCAGCUCGGCCUUGCGUCGGAGGGCCAUGGACUCUGUGUGGCCACGUCGCGUCCGCAAGAGUUCUUGAUGAUGCUCGGCAAUUGGCGCGCGUGGGCCCAGGCACAUCACGAAGGCGCUGGGGUUUUGACGAACACAGGUGCCAGCACUAGAACACGCCACUUUGGUCAGCUCAUUGCCGACUGCCGGGCCAAGAGCGAUAUCGUCUCGGCCGGUGACUACCUUAAGUUCAGCACCGGGGUGACGAUCAAGAAGGCCGAAUUCCCGUCUUUGAUUACGGAUCCGCCUACUGGAAUGGACCGGCGCGGCGGAAGAGGAGGAUCUCGUGGUGGAUUUGCUGGUCGUGACCGCGGUGAUGCGAUCGAUGUCGACUACACGGCUGGCGGAGGUCCUGCGAUGAAUCGCUACGACAUCUACGACCAGCAGCAGCAGCAGCAGCAGCGUGGGACUAAUCGCGGCCGCUACCGAGGUGGACGUCCUCGCGGCAAUGCUCCUCGUGGUGCUGCUCGUAGUGGAUGAAAUGCGUUAGAUACCUAGAUAGCACGCGUACCUUCAUUACACACACUACUUCCUCGAGCCUCGGACACUUCUGUAGCUCGAAACCGGCUAUCCGGCCAGAACUUAUAUGUAAGUUUCAAAUUUGACAUUCUAAAUAAGUCCAUAAUUUAAAGGUUAGAAAUUUAGUUAAUAUAAGAGUAUUAGUAAAUGGAAUGUAG